AAAACCCUAGUCCAUUCUUCCCACCGCCGCCUGGCCCGUUGCCGCUCCGCGUCCACCGAAGAAUCACCAAUGGCUCCGAUGUCGAAGAUGGCGCUCGGCAUAAAGCGGGCGUCGAGAUCGCACACCUACCACCGCCGCGGGCUUUGGGCCAUCAAGGCCAAGCACGGCGGCGCCUUCCCCAAGGCCGAGAAGCCGGCCGCCGUCGCCGAGCCCAAGUUCUAUCCCGCUGAUGAUGUCAAGCCACGCACCGUCAGCACACGCAAACCCCAUCCCACCAAGCUCAGAUCGACCAUCACACCGGGCACGGUGCUGAUCCUGCUCGCGGGGAGGUACAUGGGGAAGCGCGUGGUGUUCCUCAAGCAGCUCAAGUCCGGCCUUCUCCUCAUCACUGGACCUUUCAAGAUCAAUGGCGUGCCAAUCCGCAGAGUGAACCAGACUUACGUCAUUGCCACAUCCACAAAGGUCGACAUCUCUAAGGUUAAUGUGCAGAAGUUUGAUGACAAGUACUUUGCUAGGGAGAAGAAGACUAGGGCAAAGAAGACUGAGGGCGAGCUAUUUGAGUCGGAGAAGGAGGCAACCAAGAAUUUGCCAGACUUCAAGAAGGAUGACCAGAAGGUCAUUGAUGCCGAGUUGAUCAAGGCUAUCGUUGCUGUCCCAGACCUUAAAAAUUAUCUUGGUGCCCGGUUCUCUCUCAGGGAUGGCGACAAGCCGCAUGAGAUGACCUUCUAAGUUACCUGGUGUUGUGGUAUGUAUUUGCAACUAGGUCAACAUUACUACGGUGGUCCUUAUUUGCAGAGCUUGGACAGUGUUGUGAUUUCGUUGGGGCAUGUCAGUAGUCUUCAACAAUCCGUUCCCCUAAAAGUGCUCCAUCAGAUCUUGUAAACGUGGGUAAUUUCUGGUUUAGGGAAAGUUGGGCCAAAAAAGAGCUCCAACAGAUCUUGUAAUCUUGGUACUAGUAUCAACAGCCACACUUAUUCUGGCAGAGUGCGUACAAUCUGAUA